AUGACAGUAGUUCAAGAUAAUACAAUUAAUAAUAACAAUAACAUGCAUUUAGAAGUUAAAAAUAAUUCAACAACAAAAUCUUUAUCAACUUCUCAAAUUAACGAAAAUAGUGAUACAAACGAUGCGUCAACAAUAAAUUCAGAUGCCUCAAAUGAUAAAAGUAUUGAUGACUCAAAAGAUAACGACAACAAGGGAAAUGAUCAUGAUAACAAGGAAAAUUUAGAGGAAACAAAUAUUGAAGAAGGUAAUACUACUGUAGAUACCAAUAUCAAUAUCACUAAUUCCACAGUUAGUUUCCGUGGAAGACCUUCUUCUUGUGUUUUCGUAGCAAGUUUAGCUGCUUCUUUGUCAGAUGAUGAACUAUGUGUCUCUGUCACUGAAAAUUUUAAACAGUACGGUAACUUAGCAAGAGUUAAAGUCUUAAGAGAUCCAGCUAAUAGACCAUAUGCCUUUGUUCAAUAUACUAAUGAUAAGGAUGCAAAGAAAGCUUUGAAAAAGGCACAGGGCUCGAUUUUGAAUGGUAGAAUUUUGCGUUGUGAACCUGCAAAAGUUAAUAGAACCCUAUUUGUAACCCACAGUUUGCCUAUAUCUUAUGUUGAUGUAGCUAAAAUGUGCGAAAAAUUCGGUGAAUUAGAAUUAUUGGUACCAAAUAGAGAAAAUAACCAAUAUGUUAAAAGAUAUUGUUAUCCAAUAGCCUCUGGUAAUUCUUGGUUUGUUCAAUUUGCAUACAGAGAUGAUGCUAUUAGAGCAUUCGCAAAUUUAAGAACUGAUGCAAAUUGGGAUGUUGAAUGGGUUCAAAAUAUUAAAGUAUCAAAACGUUAUAAUUUAUUGUUACAAAUUAAAAAAGAAAAUCAAUCUGAAAUAGACAAUAAUUCUAUUUUUAAAAAUUCUGAUGAUUUGAAUAAAGAUAUUGAUUCUUCAUCUAAAAAGGAUAUUAAAAGAUUAUCAAAUACCUAUCCUGUCCAAAACCAACAUAAUUUGAACUAUAAUUCAAACUCUGAGUCUGAACAAAUUACUGAUGCUGAUUCAGACACCACAAACGAAAAUAACGUCAUUGAGACUCAAAGUAUUGAGAAAAGUGGAAAUAACAUCGCAGAAAAUGAAGAUCAGCAAGACCAUGAGGAGAAUGAUAAUGAAGAUGACGAAGAUGAAGAUGAAGAUGAUGAUGAUGAUGAUGAUGAUGACGAGGAAGAUGAUGAAGAUGAAGAACAUCAAGAUCAUCUAGAAGACGAUGAAGAAGAAAGUGACGAUGACUCUAUAAUUACUAUUGAUAAAAAAUCAAUCUUCGUUGGACAAUUGGACCCUGCGACUACUAAAGAAACCUUAAGAGAAAGAUUCUCAGCUCAUGGUGAAAUUGUUGAUAUAAACUUGAUUGUUAAACCAACAAAUGUGUUUGCAUUUAUUCAAUACGAAACAGAAGAAGCUGCUGCUGCUGCAUUAGAAAGGGAGAAUCAUGCUAUUUUCUUAAAUAAAACAAUGCAUGUUCAAUAUAAAGAAAUUGGUGGUUUACAUGGUAGAAGAAAUUAUAGAAGAUCUUCGAAUUAUUUCAACGAUAGCAAUUCUAAGCAAUAUACUGGUCCUCAAUUUAACUUAGCCCCUCCCCCAAUUAAUAUGUUUAGAAGAAGAUCUCCAAUUGAAAAUGACCCAAUGUUGACUUAUUUACCACCUCCUCCUAUUCCAGGCUUAUCAGAGUUUGAAAUCAACCCUUAUUUGCCUUAUAUAAAGAAUUCUUAUUCAUACAAUAGAAAAUCGUUACCAACAGGUUGGAGUUCAACAAGAAAUUAUACCUAUAAAUCUGAAAAUGAUAUCAAUCCAACAAAUACCACCACUACGACAACAACUGAUGUUACAUCAGAGAUAUCUGAGUCUGCAGGUCAAUCAGGUUCAAACACAACAUAUAAUCAUUCAUCUGCUGGCAGUUUGAGUAAUAAUAAUAUUAAUAUUAAUAACGGUGGUAAUAAUAAUAGUAAUUCAAAUCCAAAUACUAACGUAAUUAAUAAUAAUUUGUCUAAUAAUAAUGGAAACAAUAGUAAGGGUAGUAAUUCCUCUAAUAGAAAGAAAUAUUACAAACGUAAUAAUGUUAAUUAUAAUGAACCAUUAAAGCCUUACUAUUUCCAACCUUAUUACUACCACCCAAUGCAUUACCCACUUGGUCCUAUGAAUCCAGGUAUUCCACCUCAAGCCUCUGCUGGAAAUCAUCCAUACAUGAUGUUAUACCCUAUACCACCUCCACCUCCUACAGGUUCAAUGAUGAGUCCACCUAUUCCAAUGGGCCAAAUGGGUACAAAUAUUCAUAGCGCUCCUUCACUACCUGAAAAUCAAUAUGGUCAGAAUGAAUCAGAAGGAUUCGUACCAGAAAAUAAAUCUUAUCAUUUAGAUUACUGA